AUGACAUUUUGACGUUGUAAUAUAUUGUAUAAUGCCCUGAUGAGCUAUGCGAAACGCGUUGGCUAAAUCAAUAUAUAUUUAAAAUCCCAGACACGUGUUUUUACUUUUAUUAUAUAAUAUUCACAAUCUGGAUUAUUACAUUUUACUUAUAUAACUAUAUGUGUAGUAUAUAGAGAAUUUUUAUUAAAUGUCCCUGUGGUGCUAACGAGUCCUAUAAUUCACAGUUUCCCAUACUCUUCACAUUUAUAAUCUUAUUUGCAGCAUAAGCACAGCACCCGCAGAGAUUGAUUUUAGAGAGAGAGUUCCGUACACAUUCCACAAAUGUGACAUGAAAUUCGUAUAAAUAUUCAAGAAACCAUAUAUUCGGGUUGUUUUGAGCCGGGUACUGCCCGUUAAUAUUUGGCGCCCAACGUGGUUUUGCGGAACCGUUUAGAGGAGAGCAGACAAAAGAAGGCGGCCUGUAGACUCCGUAAGCAGCCGAGAGUUGAGUCGUGCAGGACGGGUCGUUGAGAGUCGUACAGGACGGGUCGUUGAGUCGUGCAGGACGGGUCGUUGAGUCGUGCAGGACGGGUCGUUGAGUCGUGCAGGACGGGUCGUUGAGUCGUGCAGGACGGGUCGUUGAGAGUCGUGCAGGACGGGUCGUUGACAGUAAAAUAUAGUGUAUAUACCGUGUGGACAAAUUGUGGAGUGGACAUCUGUAAAAAGUUAUCUUCUUUUAUCAUAUUUGGACUUUUAAUCAUUUGUGGCCUAUAUUCAUCAUAUGUGUAUUCUGCACCUGUCUUCGUAAUCUUCAGGGCUCUCUGAGGCAGCUUCCUCGAGGAAUGAUGUAACGGCUGUUGACAUUUUGUUUCAAACGAAAGUGUGUAAAAAGACCAGGCAGUUGGCAAACACAAAAAAAGAAUGUGACACCAACGUUGAUCUGCUGUUAAAUGAAGCCAGUUUAUUGCAUACACAUUACUAUUACGCAUGCAGCAGCCGACGACGACGGUAGUGGGGUAAGCACGCAGACACUACACUUCCGCACAGAGACGGAAGCCGCAUCAAGUGCGCACUCAGGUGUAGAAAGUAAACAUGGCAACAACACCAUCAGCAAGCAAACUGAGCAGCAGUUUGAAAGACAGGCUGAAGAAAUGUGGUCGCUUCCACUCCUCUCCCUACCAUCCCCCUGAAGCAAGGCAGCAAACAAACACAACAUUGUCAUCCAAUCCUAAUCUGUUAACCAAUGAGAAUGAAUCUGUAUUGACUGAUAAGAGGACGCAUACAGUAAAACGUGGUAGUACAGACCAUGGUUCUAUAAACAAGGAUAAAUAUGUAACAUUAAAGUUUGAUAAUGACGUGACCUACUCUGAUGCAAAUACAGAGGUCUCAAGUGUAGGUUUGACAUUAAGUGCAGAGAUAAGUUCCCAUGGCAAUCUUCAAGAUGAUGCAAUGGAUUCAGUAACCCCUACUGCAACCUUCAAGACUCCUGUGAAUGUAAGGUCAAGAUCAUCUAUAAAGGUCAAAGGAAACAGGCUGACUUUCACUGACACCCAGGAAGCUAACGCUGGUGAUACAAAAUCUGAAACAAGCCCUGACAAUUGUGACAAAGGAAGGGAGAUAACAUGUGAAUCAGAGGAUAACUCCGCAGCAUCAUCUGAUGUGAAGCCACUGGAAAGGUGUGGGUUAUCUGCCCCUGUGGUCUGUUCCAUUGAGGAAUUGGAGAGGCAGAUUGCAGAGAAGGAGGAAUUGCUACGGAAACUCAACAUGGUGAAGAUGUAUCGGGCGAAGAACAACCUGGAGGACUUACAGGGUCUUAUCGACAAAUGGCGUGGGGUAUCCCAGCAGUCCCUGACUGACCUCCAUGCCUCGAUGACUGAUGAACCCCGCUCCUCUCUGACAAGGCUUAUUGACCACCUGGGCAUCGACCAUGACCUCCUGAAGUUCCGGACUGAUGACGACAAUGAAAGCUUCUACUGAGACUUUGAUGUUUGUAUUGUAUUAAUGGGAGCUGUAUGAGGCUGUCGAGAACACUGUUAGAUGUUUUUAAUGUUAUAAACUGAUCAGUGGCUGUUUGAAUUUGUCUGGGAAAACAGGCUCGAUGCAUACAUUAAGAGCUUAUUUUGUUUCUUAGAGAAUGGCUGUUUUUCACAAAUUUGAAGAGUUUGCGCCUUAAAUGUUAUCAAUUUAAAGAAGUUUGUGACUCAUUUAGGUAUUCACAAUUUUUACCAGUAUCGAAAUUGUUUCACUAUUUUGAACACUUUACGACUAAUUUUUUUGCAAAAUU